UAAGCAUACAAGCACUUGCGGUUACAAGACACGCUAGAGUCUGGAUCUGUGAUCUGUCACACUCAUAUCCUGUGGUUACCUUUUGGAACGAACCUUGGAACGAACGACACCAUUCGACUCAAUAGAACAUCUUUUCAAAGAUCAAACCUAUAAAAUAAGCAAAAAUGCCUUUAUUUAGUGGACGAUGUUAUAGUACCGUUAAGUUAAUUGGAAAAACCGCUAUAAUAACUGGGUGUAACACUGGAAUUGGAAAAGAAACUGUCCUAGAUUUUUACAAAAGAGGUGCCCGAGUAAUAAUGGCUUGCAGGAAUAUAGAAAAAGCUGAAGAGGCCAAAAAGGAUAUAAUAGAAGCAUGUAAUAAUUUGACGGAGACUGGCAAUAUUGAAGUACAGAAAUGUGACCUCUCUUCCAUGCAAUCUAUAAGAGAAUUUUCACAAAAGAUACUUGACAGUGAGCCGCAAAUUAAUAUCUUGGUAAAUAAUGCCGGUGUAAUGAUGUGCCCAAAAGAGGAAACAGAGGACGGAUUUGAAAUGCAAAUUGGCACAAAUCAUUUAGCACACUUUCUCCUUACAAUGCUGCUGUUACCAAGAAUUAUUAAUAGUAAACCAGCUAGGAUAGUAACUGUAUCAUCAAGAGCACACACAAGAUAUGACAUGAAUUUUGAUGAUCUUAAUUACAAGAAUAGAAGGUACAAUGCGGCUGAAGCAUAUUCACAAAGUAAACUUGCUAAUGUGUUAUUUUCUAGGGAAUUGGCUAAGAAAUUAAAGGAACACAACAUUGAUGGUGUCAACACUUACAGCUUACAUCCCGGUGUUAUUAAAACUGAGCUUGGAAGACAUUUAAACGAAACUCUCUUCAAAGGGUCGAGACAAAUUAUAGGAUUCCUGGUGGGUCCUUUCAUGAAGUCACCAGAGCUUGGAGCACAAACUACCAUAUACUGUGCAGUCGAUGAAAAGUGUGCUAAUGAGACUGGUCUUUAUUAUAGUGACUGUGCGGUUACUAAUCCAGAUAGAAAAGCAUUGAAUGAUGAAUAUGGAAAAAAAUUAUGGGAAAAAUCCGUGGAACUAGUGAAGUUGGGAGACUACAAUCCCUUUACAGCUAGUGAUCCUGGAGUAAAGAGUGUAUAAUCAUAGUUUUUUUAUUAAAAUUAUUUUUAUA